CAGUAUUCUAUGAGGUGUACCAGUAUUCUUAAUCCUAAUCCCAUUAGCAUUCCUAGGGUCACCUUGGAUACUCCCUCCAAGAGAGCUUGAAGAAGUAUCCACUCCAAUGUGAGAAACUUCUGAGUGUCCAUCGGGCUAUUCCUAAUUCUGUAGGCGGUUCCUGAUUUUCGUCUCCUUUUUUAACCCCUUACCCUCCUUUCAACUCCUCUCCCCACAUCGUAAACCCAGCGUGUUAAGGAUUUCGUUACAAUCCUUCACAAACGAACUUCGCGGACGGGUUUUUUUUUUUUAAACAAAUGUCCACCGAUCCAGAUACGUAGGUUCAUCCCUCAAAUUGAUAACCAUUCGUUUUAUUUACACCCUGUACAUACGAAAGUGCGAAUAGACUUUGGAGCCUUGAAACUGCACGUCCAACCGCGACUGUAACACAGAGUCUAUGAAAGGUGAACCUUGGUCUCGUUCGUAAUACCAAUCCGACUACGGCAACCAUGCACUUUUACCGUGUCUUUAACUAACAAUGUUACCCAGUCGAUGCACCGUGUGUUGUUGACACCCUAUAUUACAGUGAUCCUUAGGGGGCCCCACUCUUUGAACCAACCGGACGGGCUCAGGAUUUACUUUCGUUCGAGAAUCAGUCUCAGUUCACGUUUGCCGCUUCAUGUUCACGCACAUGCACUGUCCGACCACUGCGAUCACCCGACGAGGCAAAUGAAUUCUAACGAUCAUUAACGUAGGUGUGGUCAUUAUCGUACAGAAAGACACGGUUAGAGGUUUUGGAGAAAUGUCGAUGUGCGCGGAACGAAGACCGAUCAAUGAUUUAUUCGCUUUCCUGUCGCGAUUCCUCGUCUUGUUCGUGCUCGUUGAGAGUACAACAUUGCCGUCGAACAUGUUACUGGAUCUGAAUAGGCGUACAAAUGUUUCGAUGGAGAAGUACCAUCAAGCCGAACAAGCAAUCCUGAACUCGCAUACACAUUUAACCCGUGGUUCCCCGUCGUGGUUCCUCAGUGCAUCCCACGCGAUGACCGAGGACGCGCAAAAUCUUACGAGGAAAGCCUUGCGAAUGGAAACAAUGGCUGUGAUGUUGGUGGAAGCGUUGAACAUGUCGUCGAAAGAGGCGUCUUCCGUAUUGCCAUCUGUGGCUGCCAUUAACUGUCCCGAGUCGUCCAGCUUUUUGCAAGUAAUGGCCAGCUGCAGAGGGCUCGAUUCCCGCUACAGAACUCACACGGGGAAGUGCAAUAACGGUUUGCAUCCGACUUGGGGCGCAGCUUUGGAGGCUUACGUGAGAUUCCUGCCACCUGAAUACGUAGACGGGGUCUCUAUGCCACGCACGGAUUUACCUAGCGCCAGAGAAGUCUCUUCGAAAGUGCAUUCCGGUGGAUUGGAUCUUAAACAUCCGUAUUUGAUGGCACUCACCGCGCUGUUUGGCCAAUUUCUGAUUCAUGAUCUCGCGCAUACACCUAAGAUGGAACUACCUGACGGAGCGAAAUUGAAAUGUUGCGACGUGGAUUAUGAACACUUCCAUCCAGAAUGCUUUCCGAUCCGUGCCGAUAACACUAUAGGCUGCAUGGAAUAUUCAAGAUCAGCGCCCCACCCAGGAAACUCACUACAGGGAUGCAAAUUGGGUCCUCGGCAGCAGAUCAACCAGGCAUCGUCGUACUUAGACCUUUCCCCGGUUUAUGGGAGUUCCGAAGACAUAGCGAAAGCUCUGCGAUCCGGCAAGGGCGGUUUGCUUAAUACGCAGAGGAAGAACUUGCCCAUGCCUUCGCCGAAGUACGAAAGUUGCAGAAGCGCGAACAAAGCUUUCCCGUGUUUUCUUAGCGGGGACUCGCGAGUAAACGAGAACCCCGGUCUCACUCUAAUGCACGUACUUUUUCUACGGGAGCAUAACCGAGUCGCUGCCGAGCUGGGACAACUGAAUCCUCACUGGGACGACGAGAGACUCUACCAGGAAGCAAGAAGAAUCGUUAUCGCGGAAAUGGAGCAUAUAACUUAUAACGAGUUUCUGCCCGUUGUUCUCGGCGAAACAAGUCUCGACAAGUAUCAGUUACGCUUAGCGCACCGAGGUUACUUCCGAGGCUACGACACCAGAACAGAUGCGACACUUUCAAACGCUGUUGCAUCCGCUGGGCUCUUCUUCAUUGCCGCGUUGACCCCAAAAACCCUCGACCUAGUUGACUCACGAUCGGCGUUAAAGUCUGGAGAAAGGUCCUUACUAUCGGCGUUCUACGCUCCACAGGAGUUUUACGAAGCUGGUGCUAUUGAUCGUCUGAUCUCAGGUGCUACAGCGGGACAUUCUAGGAAGCCUUUACCGCCAGGAUUGAAUGAAAUCCUUUUGGAACGAUACUUCCACGAUGGAAAAAGCAACGACAUUGCUGUGGAUUAUGCCGCACAAGUCAUACAACAAGGAAGGGAUCACGGUUUGUCCCCAUACAUCAGAUGGCGAACAUUCUGCGAUUUGCCAGACAUUAGUAGUUUCGAUGAUCUUAGAGGAUCCAUGGCCAAAGAUACCAUAGAAAGACUUCGAGCAGUUUAUAAGAAUGUGGAAGACAUAGAUCUAGUAACAGGAGCACUUUCAGAAGCACCUGUGUCGGAUUCUGUUCUUGGACCAACAUUUCUUUGUUUAUUAGGACGUACUUUUCGAAAUCUUCGUUUGGGGGACAGAUAUUGGUACGAAAAUGCAAAUAGUCCAGGUUCAUUUCCCUUGAGUCAAUUAGAAGAAAUAAGAAAAGUUACGAUGGCGCAAAUCUUGUGUUACAAUGGUGACAGACUGAACUUGAUGCAACCUAGAGCGUUUCUUCUGAAAGAUCGAUUCUUGAAUGAUGUAACAAAUUGCUCCAUACACAUGAUUGGGUCGCCUAAUUUUUCAUCUUGGAAGGAUAAGAAUGUUUCGUAACUGAUAUAUGUUUUAUGCAGGAUAUACACUUAACUGCAUAACAAUGUAUACUUAACUGUACAUAACAAAUGUUAUUUUUUACUGUUAUCAAUUGAAGACAUAAGAGUUUAUGUUAAAAGAUAUUGUUCCUUACAGUAGAGAAAUUACCAGUAGAGAAAUUACAAUAACCACUGCACUAUUUGUAAUAUGUAUACAACAAUGUAAAAUGUGUGUGCUUGUCUUCUUCAUAAAACGUAAUACAUUUUUUUUAUAUAUAUUUGCAUCGGUCUGUAUAAAUGUUAAAUUACAAUGCUUAUUUAUUAAUGAAUAAGUUAGUUACAUUAAGUGGUAAAUUACCAGUGCGUAGUAUUAAAUGCAAUUUACGGAUUGUUAAUUUAAUAUUAAAUUAUGUAGAACCGUAUAAUAUUUUUUACAGAAGUUAUAUAUAAGAUCGAUUAUCCUGAUAAAAAAAUGUUAGAAUUCAUAUUUGCUUCUCAAAAAUCCAUUGUUCUAUAUGUGCUGAUUGGACAUCUUCUACACAAACAAUAUGUAUGUUUUCGUAUCUACUCUUCUAUGUAACAUUUUUGUAUGUUUAUAGUGCCUGUAAUAAUAACU